AUGGCAGCGGCCAGAGAAAAUGUCAGUUUAUUAUUCAAGUUAUACUGCUUGACAGUGAUGACCCUGGUGGCUGCAACCUAUACCAUAGCUUUACGAUACACAAGGACAUCGGACAAAGAACUCUACUUUUCAACCACAGCUGUGUGUAUCACAGAAGUUAUAAAGUUAUUGCUAAGUGUGGGGAUUUUAGCUAAAGAAACUGGUAGUCUGGGUAGAUUCAAGACUUCGUUAAGAGAAAAUGUCUUGGGAAGCCCCAAAGAACUGAUGAAGUUAAGUGUGCCAUCAUUAGUGUAUGCAGUUCAGAACAACAUGGCUUUCCUCGCUCUUAGCAACCUGGAUGCAGCAGUGUACCAGGUGACCUACCAAUUGAAGAUUCCUUGUACUGCUUUAUGUACUGUUUUAAUGUUAAACCGGGCACUCAGCAAAGUACAGUGGAUUUCAGUUUUUAUGCUAUGUGGUGGAGUUAUACUUGUACAGUGGAAACCAGCCCAAGCUACAAAAGUCAUGGUGGAACAGAAUCCAUUUUUAGGGUUUGGCGCUAUAGCUAUUGCUGUAUUGUGCUCAGGAUUUGCAGGAGUGUACUUUGAAAAAGUUUUAAAGAGUUCAGACACUUCCCUUUGGGUGAGAAACAUUCAAAUGUAUCUAUCAGGGAUUGUUGUGACAUUAAUUGGCGUCUACUUGUCAGAUGGAGCUGAAAUUAAAGAAAAAGGAUUUUUCUUUGGUUACACAUAUUAUGUCUGGUUUGUCAUCUUUCUUGCAAGUGUUGGAGGUCUCUACACUUCUGUUGUGGUCAAGUAUACAGACAACAUCAUGAAAGGCUUUUCUGCAGCAGCAGCCAUUGUUCUUUCCACCAUUGCUUCAGUGCUGCUGUUUGGAUUACAGAUAACACUCACCUUUGCUCUGGGUACUCUUCUCGUUUGUGUUUCUAUAUAUUUCUAUGGAUUACCCAGACAAGACACUACAUCCAUCCAACAAGGAGAAACAGCUUCAAAAGGGAGAGUCAGUGGUGUGUGA